AUGGAUAAGUUAAAAGAGGAAGGCCAUCUUGAGGAAGAUGAUAUUGUUGGUGUUUGCGACACUUUGGUUCAAAUGGGUAUAUUUCCAAAAGAUGUGCGUACUGCAGAUGGUGUAACGUCUUGGAUGAGCGAGACAUUAAAAGCUCAAAGUAAGUGGCCAAAUAAGUCGGAAGAAACUGAACGAAGUACCGGAAGACCUAGUAAUCAGAUUCCAAAACUAUCGAUAUUUUACGGUGAGUCUGGAAAAGGAGAGGAUGUAUCUUCGCAUAAAUACGAUCAACCUACAACUUUCGAUGAACUAAGAGUUGAGGUAAGACGUAUCGAGUUCGAGUUGAAUAGUCGAAAAUCGACUGCUGAUGUAAAACCUAAACAGUCUAAUAUGUUGUAUCCUUUAGAAAACAUUUUAGAUAUUGAAUGUGCUGGUGGUAAUUCUUUGCCGUAUUCUGGGUAUAUUGAAGCAACACUGGAAACUCCAGAUUUAUUAGAUAAUUCUGGCUUGCAGUGUUUAUUAUUGGUAGUUCCUUUAACAUGA